CUACUCACUCACGAAUUAUUUUUCGAUGCAUACGCAUUAGCUCUGCCAUCACUAAAAAUUAUUAAUUAAUGACGCACACUUGGUUUCAAAAAAAAGUUUCAUCACCUGUUGUAAUCCAAGAAAAUUAUUUUCAUAUAGUUUCAAAGAGUGCUUCUUAUUAACCAAGUCUUGACUGGACUCACUCAUCACUUUUACGAUAAAGAAAUCUAUUGUCGCGUCGUCACGUAAAUAAAUAGCGAAAUUUUUUUAGCUAUAUUUUUAUUACUGGGUAUUUACUCAUGAGUCAGGAUGACUGCAAAGAGAAUAGAUAUUGAGAAAGAUCAACAAGUCUCUGCAGAUUAUGUUGAGGAGAAAAUGGAUCUCAUCAACUCUCUUGAUAAUGAUUCCUUAGCACAAAUAUUCAUGCUGCUGCCUAUAUAUGAGAGAAUAGCUAUGAAUGAAGUUUGUUCCAAAUGGAAAGAGGCCUGUCAACUAGCUUGGCAUGACAUUAAAAAAUACAAAUGUACCAAUACAAUUGUUCGUAAUCAUGAAAAAUGUAUAUUAACACAAUCAUAUGUAGAAAAACUAUUAUUCAAUUGUGGUAUUUAUAUAAAAGAAUUGUUUCUUUCAAAAUUUUGUAACUCAAGUAUAAUGCCAGUAAUUGCUAAAUACUGCAAAAAUUUAACAGCACUUGAAUUUGAAAUGAUCGAAUUUAAAAUUUAUGAUACUGAUGACUGUAGUAAAGCAUUUAAAGAGUUGAAGCAACUGAAAGUCGUUAACAUACAUAUAUCUGGAGAAACAUUUCAAUUUCAAAUGCUGAAUAGUCUUCCAAAAGAUAUAAAUGAAAUUCAUUUAUUUUUGGAACUUAAUACGGCUUUUAACCAACAAUUAGGGUUGAGCCAUUUUCCAAAUUAUGCUGUAUCACCAUCACGUUUCUCUUUGAGAAAAUUUACCAAUCUUCGAAGUUUGACAAUACGUACUUGCGACAUCACCGGCAUUAUCCAAGAAAUAUUAAAAAAAACAACACUUGUUUAUCUCGAUCUCCAAAAAUGUAAGACUACAAAAGAGAUAUUCACAUUCAAUCAACUUUCAAACUUGGAACAUCUCAACAUUAAAGACGUGUCUUUCAUGGAUAGUCAAAGGCAAAAUAUUCCAAAUCCACUCCGUGGUAUUUUUAAUACAUGCAAAAAUCUAAAACAUCUUGAUGCACCAGAUUUUGAUGUUGAUUUAGCUGAAAUUAAAAUGGAAAACGGGGGGAACUUGAGAAACUUGGUAUAUCUAAAUAUUCGCUGGCAAGCUAGUGAUGCAAUAAUCAAAAAAAUCAUCAAGUAUUGCAAUAAUUUAGAAUUCAUAAAGAUUGAUGAAUUAAAUAGUGAAUCUAUUAUAAAAUUAACAAAAUUAGAAAACCUCAAUUAUUUAAAAUUUGCGAAGACAAAUAAUAUCAAUAAUGAAGUAAUGGUUGCAGUUUUAAAUAAUUGUAAAAAACUUAAACAUCUAGUACUUCCUCAGGAUAAUGAAGUGGAGGCAUCACUUUUUGAUGAUUUAUCAAACAUGCAAUAUAUUGAAAAUUUAAAUUUGGCAUUUAGUUCCAAACUUGGAGAUAGUUCUAUUAUUGCUAUUGCUAAAAAUUGUAAGCUUUUGAAAUGUUUAAAUAUUGGAGGGUGUGUUAUCACUUCGAGUGCUUAUAUUGCUUUAACGAGCUUGAAAAAUUUGAAAGAACUAAAUGUUGAAAGGAACAAUAAUGUCGAAGACAAUUUCAUUGUCAAAUUAAGAGGAAUAAAAAGUUUAAAUUGUUCUGUAUGCCACAAACUUACUGAUGCUGGUGUCAUUCAAUUUAUGAAAAAUAAUCCAGAUCUUGAAUUUCUUGAUAUCAGGUUUAACCCACAAAUUACAAUGAACACGAUUAUUUCUGCAGAAAAGGCAUCUAAAAAUCGUACAAAUGAUACUUUUUUAUCUAUAAAAACUGUUGAGCCAGAUUUUAGAAGAGUCUGCAGAAGAUCUCAAUGGUUAAUUUAUCGUUAGAAUAGAAUUGGAGUAUUUUUUCUCAGCAGGUACAUCUUGUAUCUUUUCUACAUUUUUACAAAAAAAUCAUAUUUAAAAUAAUCAAAGCUAAAACAUAA